AUGCCGGCCAGCAUAUCUUGGGAGGAGGCGCAUAGGAUUAUGGGGGUACCGGUGGGCUGUAGCCAGGAUGAGCUAAGCAAGGCAUGGAGGAGCAAAGCUUUGCAAUGGCACCCGGACAAGAACGGUGGCUCUGCGGAAUCUCACGAGGUCUUCCUGAAGCUGCGGAAGGCGCUCACGGUGAUUCGACAAGGACCUCCGGACCAGUCCUCGGAAUCCGAGGGGUACUCGAGCGACGAGUCGUGGGACGGGUCGGAGUACGACGAGUCGUACACGCCCGACGUGAGCAACUUCAUGGACUUUUUUGAACGACUGUUCGCCGGCGGCGUGCGCGGCAUGCCGUUCGGGAGCAACUACUGCGACUGUGACAAGUGCCGGCGCGCCGCCAUGGAGGGCGCGUACGGGGGCGGCCGGCAGCGCAGCUACGGAUACGCCCCGAAGGAGGGCACGAAGAUGAGCCACGCGGACCUGGCGGACGAGGUUGGUUCGAAGAUGGCGCAGCGGGCGCGGGUGCAGCGGCAGAUCGACGCCAAGGAGCAGCGGAUAGCGCGGUGGCUCCAGCAGCUCCCGCGGCCGACGGCGGAGAAGCGCACGGACACGUCCAUCACGCUGCUGCUGGACCGCAAGGGCGGGCUGACGGACGACGCGCCGGAGGGGUCGUUUUGGCAGCUGGAGAUGAAGGCCGUGGGGAGCGCCAAGUGGCAGCUCUCGCACACGUCGAAGAGCCUGAAGAAGCGCGUCACCGUGGAUGACCUGCAGCCCGGCACCAAGUACUGCUUCCGCGCGCGCACCGGGUGGCGCGGCGUGCCCCCCGCGCGCAGCAUGCUCGAGCAGAGCUCGGACGAAGACGACGACGAGGAGGAGGAGCAGUUCGCGGAGUGGUCCGUCGAAACAACCGCCACCACGCUGCCCGGCGCCCAGCCGCAGAAGGCGGGCAGGCGCAAGCGCGACAAGGUCAAGGCGAAGCUCACUCCGGAGCAGGUGGAGGCGCAGCGGGAGCGGGAGCGCGCGGAGGCCGAGGAGCGGGAGCGGCAGGAGGAGGAGCGCAAGGCCGCGCUGGCCAGGGCGAUGGACGCGGCCGCCAAGGAGUUCGAGGAGGCGUGCGCGGCGGCGGACGAGCAGGCGGGGAAGAAGCAGGGCCGCGCGAGCAACGGCGCGGGCGGCAAGCAUGGCCGCCACCUGCACAAGCCCAAGGCAGAAGCCCCGGCGGCGGCUAAGGUCGUGGGGCUCGACGCCGACGAGAACGCGAACAAGAACAAGGACUGGCGCAAACACAUCCCGCCGCCGCCCGGUCCACCGACGGCGAACGCUGCACCUGUUCCGUACGCCGACAAGCUGAAACCCGACGCGCGGCAGCAAGCGCCUCCCCCGCCCCCACCGCCGCCGCCACCUCCGCCGCAGCCGCAGCCGCCUGCGCGCGAAGCAGGCGUCGAGAACGCACGCCGACAACAGCCGCCAGUCGACGCGGGCAAGGACGCGCGUGUGCAGCAGGACACCGCGAGAGCUCCGCCACAGGGAGUGGAGCGGGGCGCGAACCGCGGCGCGCCCGCUGCGGCCUCCGGCCCGUCCCCACCAUCACUGCCACCGCUUCCCAGUGCCGCCCUGAUGGGUCAGCCGGAGCCGGAGCAGCCGCCGCAGGCACCGCAAAUGAACGGCAACCAAGCGGGACAGGGCCUCGCCCGCGCCUUCGCGCCGGCCGAGCAGUACCAGGACUGGCUCCUCGGGCAGCACUCCACGGAGUCCCCCCAGCCGCGCGCUGCUGGGCUGGACAAGCUCACCAGUGUCUUCGACAGCGUCUUCUCGGAUCUCAAGGGCGCCAUGAUGGGCGCGUCCGCCGCGGAUGGCCUCGGGCCGCCUACCACGCCGCCCCAGGCCUCCCCCGCCAUGCCUGCCACCGCCUCGCCCGACCCCCUGCCUGCGAGCUCCACAGGCCUCUCCGGGCUCGGCGUGGAGGGUCCGCUCGGGCAGUUCCCCCUCAUGGGCGGGCUCGGCGCGUCGGGGCCGCUGUCGGGCAACGGGGGGCUGUUUGGUGGGCUAGGUGUGCCUGCUGGACAGGGCCUGCCGCAGACCACCCUCGGGCUCGGCGCCGACGCCGGGCCCUCGGCGCUGCCGCAGACCGGCGUCCUGAACGGCGACGUCGCUUCCAGCGAGAUGGAGAGGUGGGCGACGGCGAAGUCCGGGUGGGGGAUGCCCACCACGGUGGGCCUCGGGGCAUCGCAGCCAGUGGGGCAGUCGCUGUUCUCCAACGACCUUGGAGGCGGGCUGGCGGAUCUCGGGCGGUACGGACAGGCGGGAGCCGACCUGGACUGGACGCCUGCUAUGCAGACCCCGUCGUUCCUGAAUGACGAACCGCAGCAGACCAGCGCAGCGCCGUUCAAGUGA